CACGACCAGCACGGCCCCCACGCCUCCCAAAACGUCCUCAACGGGCAGAUGCGCCUGGGCUUGCCGGGGGAGGUGUUCGCCCGGUCGGAUCAGUACCGCCAGGUCUCCAGCCCCAGGACUGACCCGUACUCGGCGGCUCAACUGCACAACCAGUACGGCCCCAUGAAUAUGAAUAUGGGCAUGAACAUGGCAGCCCACCACCACCACCACCACCCCGGUGCCUUUUUCCGCUACAUGCGGCAGCGGCACCAAGAGCUCAUCUGCAAGUGGAUCGACCCCGAGCAGCUCAACAACCCCAAAAAAAGUUGCAAUAAAACUUUCAGCACCAUGCACGAGUUGGUCACCCACGUCUCGGUGGAGCACGUUGGGGGACCCGAGCAGAGCAACCAUGUCUGCUACUGGGAGGAGUGUCCCCGGGAAGGCAAACCCUUCAAAGCGAAAUACAAACUGGUCAAUCAUAUCCGAGUGCACACGGGAGAGAAACCCUUCCCCUGCCCCUUCCCCGGCUGCGGAAAAGUUUUCGCCAGAUCAGAA